AUGGCGGACAUACAGAACUGGAUGCGGAAGACAAUUCAGCCCGUCCGAACGCGCACCCCGACCUUCCCUUUGACUUCCGACGAGCGCCGCAGCACCGUUGACGCCAGUUCUCUUUCCGAAUCCAGCACGCCGCGAAGACGUUCCGGCCCGCGCAAGAAGAUCUCUUCUUACUUCACCCACCGACCGAGCAAGUGCCUUGACGAUCCCGCGACGGAACUCUGGUCAUCUGAUGGUAUGACCAAUGAUGCUCCUUUACCCGACAUAAACACUAUGAUCGAUGCAAUCUUCAUCAAGCUCUGCGACCAGCCGUUUGACGGUCUCCCGGAACAAAUGAACAGUUCCAUCCUCCACGUGAUCGAGGCAUAUAGGAACUUGAGUGUGGAAAAGGAGCAACUUAACGACAGGCUCCAGGAGAUGGGUAACAGUCUAGAGGAGGCUCAGAUCAGAUGGGAGACAGAAGAAAAGGACUUCCGCGCGGAAAUCAAACGUCUGGAACUUAUCAUUGCUAAAGGGAAGAACGGCAUGUCGCGACUGAUGGCCUCUCGUCAAGACAGCGUCGUCAGUCGAAGGAAGGGUUUUAGAAGCAAGGCAGGCUUGAGCACGACAGCUAUCAGGGAAGCAGAGACUGUGGCAAAGCAGGAGCCACAGACAAAGAACAGUCAGCAAGCCAUGUCACCGUCCAGCAGGGAGAGGGUUCUUUCGAUUCAACUCUUCUCUACCGUCAAUCACGACAUCUCAGUGGGUACGCCUCCACUAACGAACAUCUCGAAUGCACUUGGAAAUGUUUCUGCGUUUCCAGAAGGUCCUCGGGGAUCUUUGUCUCCAGGACAGGCCGCGUCUUCAGACGACGAACGCGCUUGUCGUGGUUCCAGGACGAGAUUGAGCCCCAGCAGCGCGAUUGUGCCUUGCGAGAAGGAAGCUGGAUCGUUUCGAGAGAGCGACCCCGCUCGAGAUUUGCAGGCCAUCAAACAGAUGGCAUCUGCAAUAGCGAGCAACCGGGGCUUGAGGGCGGAACAGAUCCUACCUAAGCUGAUUGAGUUAUUCGACAAUGCAGAAGAGCACCUGGAAGUGCCUUCGACGGAAGCGGUGCAGAGAACCCCAACGAGGCACCAGAUUCGCAGACCGCCGUCCUGGAUCCCUAACGAUGAUGCUGCUGGCUGGAAAGAUUCACGCAUAAUGCCUGCAAUCAGGCCGCCUCUCCGUACCAUCGAUAGCUUCGUGUCGUCUCGCGGCGAGGCAAUGAGCGAUCUAUCAGCGAGCAGUUCAGAAGAGCUUGAAGGCGACCGCAAUGUAAGAAAGCCUUCUAAGAUUCCCAGCCCUACACAUGACAAGGGAUUAGCGCGUUCACGUCAGGAACAGCGGUCUAGCGUUGUGACGGUGGUGGCUGGCCCCGGCCGAUCAGAGGCCGAAAUGCUCUCGUCCAGCGCCAGCUCCCGCAGAACGGCAUUCCGCAACAGUGCCGAACGCCUCGACGCGAGUGUGGCACCCCGCAACAACAUGGUCCGGCAGAUGUCGCAACAGAGCAACCGUCGUUCCCUUUCAUCGUCAGCUGCGCAGAGUGGAGCCACGUCGUCUCCUGACACUGUAGCGGCGAAGUCAACCACAGCAAAUGCCCAAGUAAAGCUCACCGCCGCCACUCUCGGGCCGGACCAGCGGUCAACUGCUGCUGAAGCAAGAGACUAA